CUCCAACAUAAAAUCCCCCACCAAUGCCCAUGUUCACCCCACAGACCCCGCCGCAAGUCGCCCGAAUCAUGGCUUCAGCUCAAAGCUAUCCCCUCCGCCAGCGACGAUUCGCGCCCCUGAGCUCAGAAAUGAACAAGGCAUCUAAUGCGCCACCGUUGAAGGGGAUCGUUUUCGACGUAGACGGAACGUUAUGUCUUCCUCAGAAUUACAUGUUUGGGCAGAUGCGGUAUGGGUCUAAUCUAAUCUCCGAUAUUGUUUUACAUCCAUUGUACGCUAAAUGCGAUGCAGAGAGGCUCUGGGCAUCGAUAAAAAGGUCGAUAUCUUGCACCACAUUAGCCGGCUUCCGACGCGCGAGGCGCAACUCGAGGCCGCGAAUAAGAUUAAGAACAUUGAGCGCGAGGCGAUGCGGAACCAGGAACCUCAGCCGGGACUCGUGGAGCUGAUGGAUUAUCUCCAAAAACGAGGGAUUAAAAGAGCGCUUUGUACGCGGAAUUUUGAAACACCGGUACGACAUCUUUUAGAUAACCAUCUUCCGGCUCAUGUGUUUCUACCCAUCAUUACGAGAGAGACACCAGGACUAUUGCCUAAACCCGAUCCAGCGGGAAUUUUGCAUAUUGCUAAUGAAUGGGGACUCGGUAAUCGAGGAGAGAAUCUGAUUAUGGUUGGUGACAGUAUCGAUGAUAUGACUGCUGGGCACACAGCAGGUGCCGCGACUGUCUUGCUAUUGAAUGAUCAUAAUGGUCAUCUAAAAGAGCACACUCAUACCGAUCUGUACAUUGAGCGGCUAGAUGAGCUUAUCGGCAUCCUAGACGAAGGCUUUGUCGGACACCGUGGAGGGCACAAAGUCCCUACCAGUGACUAGUGCGUUGGGAUAUAUCUCACCCUGUCACUGAUGCUUGACGCCCAUUGGCAUGUUUAGAGUCUAGAUUAGACAAGAAGUUUCGCCCCCUCUCGACUCGGAUAAUUCACAUAGCAUGUUGCGGGUCAUUUCUCACGGUCUU